GCAUUGAAACAUUUUUGCAGAAUAUUCUGCUCCAUGCAGCAAUGAUAAAACAAGCAGAUGAGACAAUAAAGCAGCAGGUGUGUCUCUAGAUAAACAGGCAGAAAGUGAAACCAACAUUCAUUAAGUAAUAAGAUCCUCAAGCAGAAACUUUGAAGACCUCAAGAAAAAUCAAGACAAUUUUCAGUGAAAAACAAAAUGUCUGCAGAAAGGUGGAAACUGCAGGCCUCCCUGUGGCAGUACAUCAACGAUACUCUGACUUACAUGGCAACAGCGGCAGAUUUUUAUAAGAAAUUAUCUGAAUGGAACGAUUGCAGAAAGAAAGAGCAUGAAAAACUGAUAGAUAUCCAAGAAAAGGCUGGCAAAUUUUAUCCCAGUUUCACCAAGUCAGAGGGCAGAUUGAAAAAGAUUGGUAAAUGCAUCAAGAGGAGGUUCCAGAAUAAUCCAGAGAGCAAAGUUUCAGAACUAGAGAAUGAGCUGGCUGAAGUGCUGAAUGGCACGCUGCAAGGUCUGGAGAAACUCAACACGUUCUUGGAUGCAGUGGAGAAGCUGGCGGUGACGUCGCUCCAUGUUUUCACUGAGAACCAGAUCGUUUACCUGCCUGAGAACUUUGACUAUGACGCUGUUCAAGCUGUGAUCAGAAAAGCUCAGCAAAUCUGUCCUCCCCUCCUUAAAUUCAAAAGAGAUGCAAAGACUUUCUUUGCUCCUAACCUUCACAACGUGGAGAUUCUGGCAUUCCAGCUGCAGAACUACAUCGACACCGUCGAGGAAAUAUGUUUGAGCUCUGAUAAAAGCUUUAACUUUGAGAUGUGCUUAAAAAUGGCGAAGGAAAUAGUGGUGGAUGCUGAUGAUAUGUGUGAAAACAACAUGCGAAAGAUGGCAGAUCAGAUUAAACAACUGGACAAGAUCAGGAUGGACGAGGUCUUCCGGGUGGAGUUCCUGUUCCAGAGCGUCUCCUCAGCUGAUUUUGUCACUAAGUUUGAUGCUAAAAAGCGAACAAUGCUUUCGUCUUUAGAUGAGCUGGAGCAGUGUGCUGAUCAGUUAGACAGGAUGAACAAAGGAGCAAAGAUCUCCACUCUGGCUGGGGGCUCAGUGAAAAAAGCAGGAGGCGUCCUCUCUGCUGCUGGUUUGGCAUUAACGCCCUUCACAGCCGGCGUGUCUUUAGGCCUAACAUUCACCGGUGCAACGAUGGGGUUAGCAAGUGAAGCCAACAGUGUGGUAACCACCUUAACACAGGCUGGAGUUAAUCACACUUAUCGGAAAAAGGCAGAUGUAGUUUUAAAAACGUUCAUGGAGGAUUUCCAAAUGAUCCAGGAUUCUCUGGACGAUGGGAUGAAAUAUACAACAGUCAAUCUGAAGCAAAGUAAGAUGGGUGUGUUGGUCACAGUAGGCAAGAGUGUUUCUAAAUUGGAUCCCAUAGUAAUGGGUGUCAGCUCCAUCAUGAAUGUGGCUUCUGCUCUUAUAAAAGUGGUUGCAGGGAAACAGAAAAAAAAUGGAAAUGCAUCACCCAGCGCAGCUCCAGCUGUUCCUGAAAACUCAGCUGUUCCUGAAAACUCAACUGUUAAUAACUCAGCUGUUCCUGAAAACUCAGAUGUUCCUGAUUCCUCCAAUGUUCUUGAUGUUGGUCAGACUGUAGUUGCAGAGUCUCUUUCUCUGUCCAGUGAACUUCUUGGUAUCACACCUGGAGCUGUAUUUGCUGCCAGAGAUAUCUACUCAGCUGCCAAACAAGGCAUAAAAGUGGCCAAAGGCAGCAAGACUAAAGCCUCCAAGUUCCUGACAGCUAGAGUUGCGUUAUUUCGUUCACAGAUGGAGUCGUGGGAGAAGAUCCGUAACUCUUUGUGUCAAAGCAAACUGACCAAAGAAGAAGUCAGAAAUAUUUUCACGCAGCCAUUUUAUCUAGGGGACAAAGAAGAACAAUAACUAAAGACGCACAAAGACUAAAAGUGGAAGAUUUGACAGGUAGACAGAAAAAAACAGAUGUAAAUCGGCCAUAAUUAUACUGACUCAGUGUUUUAAUAAUAACUUUCAGACUUUCUCACUAACUGAAAGGAUAAAACAAAAAGGAAUC